CGGCUCUCCCCAUCCCGGGAGGGGGGCACUAGGAUCCAGUGGCUCUCCCGAUCCUGGGAGGGCGGCACUAGGACCCGGCGGUGCUCUCCCAUCCCGGGAAGGCGGCACUAGGACCCGGCCUGGGCGGCGGCAGCGGCGCGGUCAGUAUCGGCAGCGAUAUCAGUGACAGCGGCGGCAGCGUUAUCAAUAUCGGCAUUGAUAUCAAUAUCGGCACUGAUACCGAUAUCGGCGCGGUACUGGGGCGCACGGCACGGCGGAGCGGUCGGUGCACCCCGCGCGUCCCCGCCGGGCCCGUUCAGCCGUGCAGGGGCGGAACGCGCCGUGGCCGGGCGGGGGAGCGGCCCCUGCCCCCGCGGCCGGUGCACGGGGGAUGGAGGGAGCGACAAUGUGAGCCCCGGUCCGGCCAUGGCCGAGCCCGCCGGAGGGGCCGGGCAGCGCCCGCCGCCCGCGGGGCGCAGGAGGUGACGGCUCCUCAUGACAGCCCCCGCCAGGUGCUCGCGGGACGCCAGCGACCACUGUGUGCUGAGGCCGGCACAGAGACAUGAGUGGCAGCACGAGCCAGCGCGCCGCCGCCCUGGGGGUCCUCUUUGCCCUGAUCAUGUUGCUGAUCAUCUACAGCUCUGGCAACGGCAACGAGGUCUUCCCCUACAGCCGCCUGCGGGGCAGAGCCCGCCGGCCCCCCGACCUCAAGAAGUGGGGGGUGAAAAGCGGGUACCUGCCUGUGUGUGGGAACAAGACCCUGACUGCCCGCUGCCACCAAUGCGUCAUUGUCACCAGCUCCAGCCACCUCCUGGGCACCCACCUGGGCACGGUCAUCGAUGGGGCUGAGUGCACCAUCCGCAUGAACGAUGCUCCCACCACGGGCUACAAUGCUGAUGUGGGCAAUAAGACCAGCUUCCGUGUGGUGGCCCACUCCAGCCUCUACCGUGUCCUCAAGCGGCCCCAGGAGUUUGUCAACAAGACCCCAGAGACCAUCUUCAUCUUCUGGGGGCCGCCCACCAAGAUGCAGAAGAGCCUCCUGAAGAUCAUCCAGCGCGUCUGCGCCUCGUUCCCCAACAUGACAGCCUACGUUGUCUCCCCUGGCCGCAUGAAGCAGUUCGAUGACCUGUUUCGGGGAGAGACAGGGAAGGACAGGGAGAAGUCUCGCUCGUGGCUCAGCACUGGCUGGUUCACCAUGGUGAUCGCGGUGGAGCUGUGCGACGCCGUCCACGUCUACGGCAUGGUGCCACCCACCUACUGCGGGCAAGGAAACCCCCCAGGCCCCCACCCCGGCGCCCUGACCCCACCAUGGGGCUCACCCAAUGUUUCUCUCCCCACUGCAGCGGCCACCCCCCACCCCGCCGCCUGCCCUACCACUACUACGAGCCGAAGGGCCCCGACGAGUGCACAACCUACAUCCACAACGAGCGGAGCCGCAGGGGCAACCACCACCGCUUCAUCACCGAGAAGAGGGUCUUUGCCAGCUGGGCCGGCCUGUACAACAUCACCUUCUCGCACCCCACCUGGACCUAGGGGGUGCCCCACGCCUGCUGGGCAGACCCCUGGAGCUGGGAUGGAUGGGGGUUCCCCUGCAUCCCCCCCGGAGCGGUGGGAGCCAGGCAUCAGGGUGCCACCAGCUGCCUCUCUCUGGACAGCUGCUGUUGUGCGUGGUGGCUCCUUGCACCUGGGAUGUGUUGGGUUUUGAGCUGGUUUUUGGGGGCCAGGUGAUGAAUGUAAGGUUUGGGGUGUCCCCGCUCCAUGUGCAGGAUGCUUGGGCAUGAUGUCCUGCCCCAUCCUGGUCCAUGCACAUUGCAGCCCCUGUGAGCCUGUAAGGGGGUUCCACGUGCCCUCGGCUCAGUUUGGUUUGCACCAGUUCUGGGGUCACCACAGAGACUUUCCCCCAACUGAGUGGGUGGACAGACCCCCUCUUGGAGCUCAGCCCCCUCUGCCAUCCCCACCCCCUCAUCCCAGUCCUCAGUCAUCCUUCCCACAGCAGAAGCCCACAGUUUUUGGUGGGACGCCACAGGGGUGACAUUGCCACCCUCCCUGUCCCAGCACCCCAAAAACACCAGCCCCUCCCAGCACCGCUGUGCCCCACACUGCCAACACCUUUUCUAGCUGACAGAUGGGAUUUUUGGGAGCUUUUUGGGAAUUUUGGCUUUUUUUCUCCCCGCUUCUAAUCCUGGGGUUUGUACUUGGGUUUCCUGGACGAAGGAGUGAGCAGGAGCAGCUCAUUAGUGGUAAUAAAGGGCCAGCAAGCUGCUUACAAACAACUUAGAAGUGAGCAGGUAGUGAGAGGCAGUGGUGCCUCUCGGCACCCUGUGGCUGGGACAGGACUUUGUUAUUAAUUUCUCAGCAGCAGAGAAGUUGAUCUGGGGAAAGCACCUGAAUAUGGUGUGUUUGGGUGCUUGAGCCUUGGCAGGACUCCAUUCCUCAGGUUUCCCUCUGGCUGUGGCUGGGCUUUUGGGGGCUCGGUGCUGGGGGAAGCAGUGGGGCACCCAUGUUUUGUAAUUGUUUGUACAGAAAUAAAUAUUGCUGCAGUCUGUUACCUUGA